AUGGCUCCUGGUCGAACAGACGACGAAGCGGCUGAGGUCGCCACCUCAUCCAAGACACAUGCAAUUUCGAAUUAUGGUCUGACUACGAAGUGGCCGGAGGCCUACGAUCUCGCUGGAUCCAAUCUGCCAUGCCGUCUUGAAGGUGAAAUUGGCGACUUAGUAGUCCUGGGAGAAAUCCCAAAGGAGAUCGACGGCACCUUCUACCGAGUCAUGACAGACCCCUUCGUGCCGCCCCAUCCCAACAAUGUUCCCCUAGACGGCGACGGCAACAUCUCAGCAUUCCGUAUCAAAGAUGGGAGAGUCGAUAUGAAGAUGCGCUACGUCGAAACCGAGCGUUACAAGCUCGAGCGCAAGGCCAACAAGGCCUUAUUUGGUCUCUAUCGCAACCCAUUCACCCAUCACCCCUGCGUUCGUGCCGCAGUGGAUUCCACCGCCAACACCAACGUCGUGUUAUGGGCCGAUCAUUUUCUCGCCCUGAAAGAAGGAGGACUGCCCUAUUCAGUUGACCCACAGACCUUGGAAACCAUCAAAUACGACCCUUUUGGACAAAUCAAAGCAAAGACAUUUACAGCUCACCCCAAGAUCGAUCCCUACACGAAUGAGCUAGUCGUAUUCGGAUAUGAGGCCAGAGGUCUUGCGUCGCUGGACAUUGUCAUUUACGCACUGGACAGCAACGGCGUGAAGCACGACGAGCAAUGGAUUAAGUCACCGUGGUGCGCACCAAUCCACGACUGUGCCAUCACGCCAAACUGGAUCAUCCUGGCACUUUGGCCAUUCGAAGCUAGCGUGGAUCGCAUGAAGAAGGGAGGGCACCACUGGGCCUGGGACUAUGAUCUUCCUGCUACCUUCAUCGUAGCCCCCCGUCGAAGUUCGACCAAGCUUCCGCCUGGCUGGCAGCCGGGCGAGAGUCGGGUGUACUCGUGGAAGAACUGCAUGCUCAUUCACACGGGCGGUGCGUGGGAGAGCGAGGACGGGGAGACGCUGUUCAUGGAGACGACUCGUGUGCACGACAAUGGCUUUCCAUUCUUCCCUACGAACGAAGGAGUUUAUCCGGCCCCUAAUCCCAAGUCUGAUUACGUUCGUUGGACUUUUGAUCUCUCCCAGCCCACGAAUAGCACGGUUCCAGAUCCGGAGAUUAUUCUCGACAUGCCUGCAGAGUUCCCUCGGCUUGAUGAGCGUUUCCUGUCGAAGUCAUAUAACUACGUCUGGAUCAAUGUCUACAUUCACGAAGACCAGAGCGGUGAUGGCCAUACUAUUGUCGAAGGACUGAACGGUCUGGCGAUGCACAAUUCAAAGACGAAAGAAACCAAGUGCUUCAACGCCGGGCCUGAGUCGUUCUGUCAGGAGCCGAUCUUCAUACCACGAAGCGAUGAUGCGCCGGAGGGAGACGGAUGGGUCAUGACCAUGGUUGAGCGCAGAGGUGCCAACAGAAACGAGAUUGUGGUGCUGGAUACGAAGGAUUUCGAAAAUCCCAUCGCUGUCAUUCAGUUGCCCUUCCAUGUCAAGGCACAGGUCCACGGAAAUUGGGUCGAUCAGCGCCGGUUGAAGGCGUGGCAAAAGCUGGCGAGGGAUGCGGUGCCUGAGCCCAUUAGUGGGCAAGGAGCACUGGAGCCAUUGUGA